GGAGAUGAGACACAUGCUGCGUUCAGCCUGUUGGCGCCUCCUAGUAGUACUAGCACUCCUUCCAAGGGGAGCACAUCUACUUUACGUUCGCCAUUGCAGGAGUUGCUCGGAGGCGGUUCAGGCGAGCGUUCGAACGCGCAACAGCAGUCAUUCCAGGAACCUGGCACUGCUUCUGCGCUGCCGGUACGGGGAGGAUGCUUGCAAAAGGUUAUCCCACAGCGUCCAGUCCCUGGACUGAACAACCAGUCCAACAAUAGUCGCGUACAGGCCUCUCCCACUGGAACUCAGAGGCCCAUGCAUGCCUCAAAGCACACAGGAAGCACUGCAUCAGCAGCAGCGAUGAGGAACAGGAGUCCUUAUACGACGCAAAAGCAGCAAUAUCCAACAACCCGCCCUGUUCCUGGACCCAAUCAGGGUGAACAAGAGCCAACAACAGUGCGCGCAAUGCCUCCCAAGGGAACGGGAAUCGUCUUUGUACCCGUUUCCGCAGCCAGCAGCAGUGGCGGCAGUGCUCUCAAUUAUGGCCAGCAGCAACCAAACCUGGCUCCUGCCAAGCCGAUGGAAAAGGCUGUAAUUGAUCUCACAGACGAAGACGAUGCUGCGGCAGCUAUGGAGGCUGCGGAGGCCAACGCACGUUUACGGCAAACAUCCAACAUGCCCAGGAAGAGAAUUUCAAGGAGGGCAACGAUGUCUGAGGCAAGAACCGCAGGUGUUAAUGGAAAUACUGUGAGGUUGUCGCCUUUGCAAAUGGCGCUGGAACAUGCCAGACAAAUUGUCGCCAAUAAUAGUGGAGGUCAGCGCAGUUCGCUUGGAUCGAAUGUGACGAUGCAGAUUCGGUCGGAGAACACGCCGCCUGCCGCCACUCGAUUGAGGUACUCGCAUCCAGCUCCUCUGCCAUCAUCGCCUGCACAGCCCUUCAAUCCCGCCUGGAAGUUGCCGCCAUCUCGGCCUCUCAUAC